ACCACCUCCAUCGUAUCUUCUGCUCCAUCUCCUCCACCAGGAUAUGAAAGACAGAAGCUUAAAAAAAGGAGGGUCUACGGGGAUGAAGUACAUGAUCAGCUCCUGAGAGAGAAGUGUGCAAGCAUCCAUAAGGCCAAACAGUGUGAAUCUGGCAGCUUUUCCAACAGACCGCUCUCGGAACAACAAUCCAAGAUGGAGUCUGAAGGCGAGGAACAGACUUUAAAUACAUGCAGCACAGGGCUCGUUCAUCAAGACUUCAUUACCGAGACUAACAGCCCAUAUGGGUCCUUGGUGAGGAAACGUAGCGCUCAGGAAGGGGUGCAGGGCGCCCCCAUCAACAAGAGGAAGUCCCUGCUGAUGAAGCCCCGCCACUACAGCCCCAGCGAGGCCUGCAAGGAGGAGAGCGAGGACCUGGCAGCACGACGGGACAAAGACGAGGCGAGGAACACUGACACUCCAGCAGAUUCAAACUUAAGUCCAUUCAAUGGUGUGGCUGACAUAAAUGAACGCUACGACGCGACAACGUUAAAGUCCAACGAUUCGCUGCGGUGGUCGGAGGUCACGCCUGACGGCUCGCCGCAGUGUGAGGUCAGUACCCCUGAAGCCCACAUGGAUGAAGAUGAGGAGUUCCUCAAUAAUGAAGCAGAAGACCAAAGUCAAGACAGGCUGAGCGGCACGUCGUCCCCUCAGAGCUCCGUUACAGACAAGAGGGAGCUGGAAUGGGCCCUUUCUGCCGAGAUGAACGACUGCAGUCCCUCCAGAACUCCUGAAGACUCAUCACUCAGGAAUGGCCAUGUGAAGGAGGAGCCUCACCCGGAGCUGGAAGGUCCCAUGAUCAGAGGAGGCCUUUUUCAGGCCGAGGCACUCAGAUACAGGCUGUAUCCAGCGGCGGAGGAGGAGAAUGACAGCGAGGCCGAGGCCGAGAGGCCUCCCAGGCUGGAGGGCUGGGCGCUAGACCUCCACCAAAGAGGCCUGGAUCCGGGCCGCGGCACAGUGAACCUGAGCCUGUUGGAGCAGGCCAUCGCUCUGCAGACAGAGCAGAGGCAGGCCCUGCAUCACGCCUACAGGGAGAUGGACCGCUUCCUCAUGGAGCAGAUGACCAAUGAGAGGAGACACCACAGGAUGAUGGACAUGGACAACAGGAUCAGCUACCAUGCAGCCAAAGACUCUCUGCGGACAGACAAGCGGGACAUCAAGUGUCCCAAUCCGGGCUGCGACGGCACCGGUCAUGUGACUGGCUUGUACCCCCACCACAGGAGUUUGUCUGGGUGUCCCCACAAAGUCAGAGUGCCGCCAGAGAUCCUGGCCAUGCACGAGAACGUCCUCAAGUGUCCAACCCCCGGAUGCACGGGACGAGGCCACGUCAAUAGCAAUCGCAGCACCCACCGGAGUCUGUCGGGCUGCCCCAUCGCCGCUGCGGUGAAAAUCUCCAAACCUCAGGACGAGAUCCUGAAAAGCAGACAAACGCCCUAUCGCUCACCGAGAGCCAUGGGGCUGGGGAAGAAAUUCGACGUGAGCCAGCUGAACUACCGCCUCGCUCACCCGGCGGCCGCCCUGCAGAGCGGCCUGACAAAGGACAUGGACAAGUACAGCAGGAUCCGCUUUGAUUACGCCAGCUUUGAUGCGCAGGUCUUUGGGAAGCAGCCUCUGAACGGGAGCGGCCACGAGCAGGAAGUGGCUCUCUAUCCUGAAUCACCCCAGCAUUAUCCUGGCUUCCUCGCCGCUCCAGGUGGCCACUUGCCCACCUCUGGUCAGCGCAGCCCACCUAGCCAUUUGAAAAAAGAAGACGGCCUUCAAGCCGCCGCUGCAACCGCAACCGCCGCCAUCCUUAACCUCUCCACUCGCUACCGGGAGAGUGACGAGUGUGUGGUCGACCGGCCCUUGGCAACCUCUACUAAG